AGAGAGGUGGAGAGCAAGAAAUCAGCAAAUGUCAUGGCUUGUGAAGACCAGCAAGUCCUGACCAACAACCAGACAGAGAACAGCGAGAAUGACUCUGAGGAAGGGUCUAGACACGAGGACCAAACUGCCUUAGAAGAGCCAUCUGUUAUGGUGAGGCUGGGUCCAAACAGUGUUGACAUGACAGAGGAGGAAUUGGAGGCUGCUUUCUCUCAGCUGUCUCUGGCCUUUCGCUGUGACCAGUACACGCUGUGUCAGAGGUUGGAGACAGAGGAACAUGCUCGAGACAAUGCUGAGGACAACCUCAAACUGGAAGUGGAAAGAGGCAUGGAAGUGCUUGAGACGCUCAAGGGAAUGUGUUUAGAUAUCAAACGUGCCGGGCUUCUCCAGCGUCUUGAGUUGUGUCUUAACAUUAUCAGGGGCACCAUCGGACGAAUCUCCAACACAGCAGAGGUUCUUGGGGCUGUGCAUCAGGAGGCCAAAGUGAACCAUGCAGUGGAACUGAUGGUUGCUCAUGUGGAGAACCUGAAGCGCCGUCAUGAGAGGAAUAGCGUUGAACUGGAGGAGAUGAAGAAACAGAUGGAGAAAAGCAGCAGAGAGCGACAUGUCUGUGAGCAGUGGGUGGGAACUGACGCUAUUGAAAAGCUUGAAAAAGACUCACAGAAGCCUCAGUUACGGCGUAGAAUCAGUACAAACAUCAUUGCAAAGCAAAUCCAGAAGCAAAAAAUAAAGGAGUCAGAAGCUAUAUUAUCUUCAGUGACCAAUGAGAUUUGUGAAAUCACAAAGAAACCAGACCACACAGAUGACUGCCAAAUGAGCAGAGGGCAAGUAACGUUAGUACCUCAAGAACUUUUAACCUCACACACUGCCACAGUGGAUGCUCCUGAGGAGACAUCCUCUGCCCAAAUUCAUCCCAACCAGACUCUGAGUCUUGAGCUGGAUCCCACAUUUGUAAAAAAACACCCAAGUUCACUGCCAGUGUUACCUCAUCAAAAGCUGAGGAGGAAGGCUUCGCUGGAGCGCAGUCAUGCCUUGCUGAAGGAAUCUGAGCGCUACCUCAGAGACUGUGAUAGAUGUGUCAUUAGCUUACGGCGCCCUCUUAUGCAGUGGAUGUAUCGUUGCCGCUGGAUAGUCCUUGUCAUUUACCUCGCUGUUCUUUGCUCAAUCAUUAUAUUAGCCAUAUUAGUGUGGUUGCUGCAAACCCCAGUCUUAUGGAUGUGAAAAUUAUAAUAAAUAUGUACAGAAAUGGAAAUGUGAUGAAUGUGUUAAAAGCAGUGUUGAUAGCUUUUAGUUACUAUUUGGUAGAUGUUUUAACUUUGUUUUAGGGCAAACUGUUUCAUAUAUAGUUGUAAAUGGUCUCAGAAUAAAAGUCUUGCACUGGCACUCAUGUCAGUGUAUGCUCUACAUCGGUUUUCUAUGUCAAUGUGAAAUAUCUGAAAAUGUGACAAAAUGCGAA